CACUUCAUCGCUCGCCCUCGAAACCAAAUGGAUAUUCCACAAGAUCCAGACAUGCUCUCGGGUAUGAAGGAUUUGCUUCUGAUCAUGAUAAUCUCUUACUUACCCUUCAAAGAUGCUGUCCGAACGAGCGUGCUGUCAAAACGUUGGAAGAACCUGUGCUACCAGACGCGUAACGUGCAAUUCAACGAGACGGAUUUCGUCGACUUGUCGGCCUCUGAGGAGAACAAGUUGGCGAGGAGAGCUCUGUUCGUUCGGUUCAUGUCCGAAUGGGUCUCGUGGUUUUACGGCGACCGCAUCGACAGUUUCGAAGUGAAGUUCUCGAAACCAGACGGAUUCCAGGGAGAGAUGAAAUCCCUCAUUAGAUUCGCUGUCUCGAAGAGCGUCAAGAACCUUGUUCUUGAUUUCUCCUGCGGCUCGGAGAAUCAAGUGACAGCGAUCGAUCUGCCUUCCUGUGUUUACGAGAAAGCGAAACUAGAGUCGUUGAAUCUAUAUGCAUGUGGGCUAGUGGCGUCAAGUUUCAAAAACAUGACAUCACUGAAGAAUCUCUCCCUAGGUUUUGUCGAACUAGGAUCCGUCCAGUCCCUGUUGAUGAACACUCCAUUGCUCGAGAGCCUAACCCUCAGAAUGUGUCGGAAUGUGGACUUAGUUGAGUUAAUCAACAACGAAAGAUUAAGAGAGUUAAUAAUAGAGAAUUGCGAUUUUACCGGCUCGGCGUUCUACUUUGACGUGCCUUGUUUGGAGGUGUUCAAGUAUUCAGGCGAAUUUUGUCACAUCGUGUUCGAUCGGCUGAAGAGGAGGAUGCAAGAGGUCUGCUUGGAUUUCGGGCUAGAGACCGAGUUCGAGGAAACCGGGGAAAUUCUUUGUAAUAUCCUCUAUGAUGUUGCAUCCGCCACGACUUUGACGGUUUGCACUUAUCUUCUUCAGGAGGUUCCGAAUGGUGAAAAUCCGUUAUCUCUGGACCGUCCAUUGGAAACGCGAUGUUUAACGUUGAAGACAUCACUGUACCCGCACGAGUUCUUGGGAAUCAGAUUCAUGCUCAAAAGCUGCUACAUCUUGGAAUCUCUUACACUCGAAAUUGUUCCUGAAAGAAUUUUGGUCGACUAUUAUCCGCCGUUCGAGUUCGAUCCGGACACUUUGUGGGAGGAGAAAAUCAUCUAUAGAUGCCUGAAGAAUACCUUGAGAGUCGUCAAGAUCAAAGGCUUUCGGGGAAUCUUGUACGAUCUUCGAUUUCUGCAGUAUCUCCUUCGCUUCGGCCGUGUAUUGCAAUGCCUUGAGCUUCACGUAUCUCCCGAUGUCGGUUACAAUGAGAGGAUCGUCGCCCUUGCUGGGGCUGACACGGUUAAUCGACGGUUCAGGAGAGCUUCAAAGAAUCUGGUAAUUACAGUACACAAUAAUUGAUCCUGCCAUGAUCCUUGUCUUACUGUUUCUGUUGUUAUUUUCCGGGUUUGGAAUUGUAGUCUGUUGUCUGUUUCUUUCCAAACUGUGUGUUGUUAAGACAAAUCUUGUUGA